AUGAGCGGCAACUGGUCCCCACCAGCUGCUGGGCAGCUCUGCUACAACGUGAACGGGUCCUGCGUGAAGAUGCCCUACUCGCCGGCUCCCCGGGUGCUCCUCUACACAGUGUUUGGCUUUGGGGUUGUGCUGGCCAUCUUUGGGAACCUCCUGGUGAUGAUCUCAAUCCUCCACUUCCGGCAGCUGCACUCUCCCACCAAUUUCCUUAUCGCCUCCCUGGCCGGUGCUGACUUCCUGGUGGGUGCGACUGUGAUGCCCUUCAGCAUGGUCAGGUCCGUGGAGAGCUGCUGGUAUUUUGGGAGAAGUUUCUGCACUUUGCACACGUGCUGUGAUGUGGCUUUUUGCUACUCUUCUCUCUUCCACUUGUGCUUCAUCUCCAUCGACAGGUACAUUGCUGUCACUGACCCUUUGGUCUAUCCCACCAAGUUCACUGUGUCUGUGUCCGGAAUUUGCAUUGGCAUCUCCUGGAUCCUGCCCCUGGUGUACAGCGGAGCUGUGUUCUACACAGGUGCCUAUGACGAUGGACUGGAGGAAUUAUCCAGUGCUGUUAACUGUAUAGGAGGUUGUCAGACAGUUGUAAAUCAAAACUGGGUGUUGAUAGAUUUUCUGUCCUUCUUUGUACCUACCUUAGUGAUGAUAAUUCUCUAUGGUAAUAUUUUUCUGGUGGCUAGACAGCAGGCUCAAAAGAUUGAAAACAUUGGUAGCAAAGCACAAUCAUCUUCAGAAAGUUACAAAGCCAGAGUGGCCAAACGAGAGAGAAAAGCAGCUAAAAUCCUGGGCAUCACGGUGAUAGCAUUUAUGAUUUCAUGGUUACCAUAUAGCAUUGAUUCAUUAAUUGAUGCCUACAUGGGCUUCAUAACCCCAGCCUAUAUUUAUGAGAUUUGUGUUUGGUGUGCUUAUUAUAAUUCAGCCAUGAACCCUUUGAUUUAUGCUUUAUUUUAUCCAUGGUUUAAGAAAGCUAUAAAAGUUAUUGUCAGUGGUCAGGUUUUAAAGAACAGUUCAGCAACCAUGAAUUUGUUCUCUGAACAAAUGUAA